AUGGGUGUACUUGAAAACCUCUGGGACGACGUCGUGGCUGGUCCUCAACCUGAAGCCCGUAGCCGUGGCCAUCUCAGGCGAAUCUCCACCGGUUUAACUAGCCUGAACAAUACCAAAGGAAUGAUGGCGGGCGGAUCGGCGUCUUUACCGGCGAGUCCGGGUACUCCGGUCACACCGAACUCUGGCCGGAAAGUGGACGUGUGGAGAAGUGUGUUUCAUCCGGCAAGUAAUGUGACCACAAGGGAGAUUGGUGCUAAUGUCUUUGAUAAACCUUCUCAUCCUAAUUCUCCCACGGUUUAUGACUGGAUGUACAGCAGCGAAACCAGGAGCAAGCACCGUUGA